AUGGCUUCCGCCGCAACACUCCAGCUUACAUUGGCCAAUUCAAUAUCGGGUGAUUAUGGCCACCGGCAGCCCUAUGCCUUAACCCCAACCGUGCCUACCAACAACACGGUUGAUGGCAGCAAUGCUGCUCCAGAUGACUUGGCAGAAGCAAUUCGCCUCGCCGCUCUUUGCCGAGAGGCUUUCAAUCUUCUCGAUGCUAAAAUGCCAGACUUUGAUCACGCCAAAGCGUACACGGCCGAUGAGAUUCUUUCACUGCCCAUGGACAGAAUUCGCCUGCCAGACGAGCUAUUCAGUCUCCCGCGCCGGAAAUCUGCGCGAUCUCGCCUCGCCGAAGCCGUUGCAACGCUGUUGUAUCCCGCCACCCACGAUAAUGCUGUGUCACCCGUCAUUCGGUACGACGCGACGAGGGUCAAGUUGCGUGCAUGGGUUGCCCUGCAGCGGAAACACGACAUCUUUGCCGCCACCAAACGGAACGGCCACAGCUUCCGCGGCUUGACCGGCGGGGCUGCCCCGGGCGUGCAUGCGCCUGUGUGGGCGUCCCGCAUCCUUGCCCAGGGCCCGUGGGACCCGUCCAAAUUCCCCGUGUCCCUCGCUGGCACUAAAGCCAUCCCGAUGCCCGUUUCCGUUGCCGACGCCGCCGACCUGGCGCCGUUCUUCAACCACCUUGAGCGUGGCGGCACUCACGAGCUUGACGAGGCUUCCGGCAGCUUAAGCACACAUCUCGAUGGCGGCAAAGGCGAACCCUUCUAUGGUGUCAAAGGAGCAGAGUUUCGCAAAGGUGUCGUCUACCAAGACGGUCGCAUGGAUCUGUGUAAAAUGGUCGUUGGUCCAGACCACAUUGGCAGCCUGAUGGACAGCUUACGGCCGAACCCCUUCGUACGACACUUCCUGUUGGGUAACAACAUCAUUGGCCCGGUUGGGGCUCAGGAGAUCGCGCGCUUCGUCCGCGAGUUCCCCGAACGCAUGGAUACUUGGUACUUGGCAGGCAAUUGCAUCGACGCCACCAGCUUCAGGGUCCUUGUCGAUGCCUUGGUAGACUCAGACGCAGUGACGAACAUCUGGCUGAAACGAAACCCGCUAGGUCCCGUAGCCGCUGCAGAUGUAUUCCGGCUCAUCACCGAGACCAAAAACCUCCGCACUCUGGACCUCGACCAGACUGAGCUGGGUGAUGCGGGCAUCGCAGAGCUCUUCCAACGUCUGACAACUUUUUCCUCUGCGGUUCCCGGCCGUAAGAAACUACCCCUGCGAAAUAUAUACCUCAACGGAAACGGCAUAUCGACCAAGGCCGCUUCUGCCAUCGCCGCUUUCUUAUCCUCCCCUGCCUGCGGAAUCGCCUCGCUCUACCUGUCAUGCAACCCACUGGGCGAUGAAGGCGCGCAGGUGCUCGCUUCCGGAAUCCGCCAGGCCACCAAACUCCAGCGGCUGUCACUCCAAUCUGCCGGUCUGACUACUGAAGGCGCCAUUGACAUCUUCCGGGCUGUCACGUCGCAUCCCGGUAUGCGCAUGUUGGAUGUAGGCCAGGCAUAUGCGACCCUCGACCUCGGCCAGGCAUGGAAUUACAUCCAAAAUGCCUCUGCUCCAGUUCUCUGCGAGCUGUUGUCGACAAAUCAGACUCUCGAGUACCUGAACCUCGGCCACUGCCCGAUCACACCGCCAGAGUUGCGAAGGAUCGACGCCGCUGUCUUGAACAGCUCCUUGCUGUACUACAGCGCUGACUCCAUUCUUCCCGAACCGCAUCGCAAAGAGCCUACAUUCAACCCGUCGGCGGAUUCGACAAUGCCAGAGCUCCACUCGAUAUCGGCGCCAACGAAGGACGACAAGGCCCUUGAGAAGGCGGUUGAUGCCCACCUCGAAGCUAACGUCAAGGCCAGAUUCGGUACUGACAUGACUUAUACGAGGUUCCUCGACGAGGAGCUGCGGUGGAUGACCAGUGACAAGAACGACGUGCGCAAAAUUGACUCCGUGUAUCGUAACCGUGACGCUGGCUUUGCUCGGCGAAAACAGCAACUCCUCGUCAAAGACUGGGACAGCAACGACGACACGCUGGACCGAGUCAUGAACGCCAAAGCUCAUAUUAUAUCGCCAAUUGAAACACGAAUUGCGCCCAGCACAUUCCCAUCGCAGCGCGCCUCCAAGCUCGUGACUCAACCCAUCGCUCUUGACCAUCCGUACCCCGCAUCCAAGAUCUCCGAGACGCCCAUACCGAUACCGAUACCGCCAAUAUCGUCAUCAGCAUCACAUCUACCACAGCAGCAGCAGCAGCAGCAGCAGCAGUUAUCUAUACCACGAGCGGUCGGUCAACCCGCAACACCCACACCACAGGAACCCCGCGUAACGCGUCAACGACGUGAGAGCGCAAACGCAAACGACUCAUCGUCGCCCAAAAUGGCAUUCAAAGACGCAAAAGAAAACGUCAGGCCCGUGACGCUCGUCGCGCCAAAGAUCACGUACCACGCACCCCAGACACAAGUUCACCGCAAUCGCACCGGAGGCAGCCUCCCGCCAGCGGCGGCGGCCCCGCCUCCACCACCUGUCCCUCCCCAGAGGACAGCAGAUAAGUCCGCCCCACGGACCGAUCGAAACAUCGACAAGGUGAUGCUCGGCAACAUCUGUUUCCGGGCGUGGUACCCAUCCUACUACGGCAAAGAAGUCCUCGGCGAGGCCGCGGGUGCAAAAACGGGCGGCGGCGGGAGCAAAAACCCCCUUACACACGACGCUGCCAGCGCAAACAACAGCAGCAACAGCAACGGCGGCGCCAAGAACCAGCACCGAAAGGGCGGCGACGCGCCCAUGCUCGACAGGUUAUACGUGUGUCCCAUGUGCUUCAAGUACUCCAAGGAGCUCGUGGCUUGGUGGGGCCACGUCCGCAUGUGCGAGCGCAACGGGGUAGUGCCGGGACGGAAGAUCUACCGGCACCCACGGGGUCGGAGGCUGGUGCGUAAGGAGAUUGCGCGGACGACGGGGAAGAAGACGAAUGUUGCGCCGAAAUAUACCGAAGAGUAUGUUACUGAUGAGGGGGAGUGGAGUGUAUGGGAAGUUGAUGGCGAGCAGGAUGUGCUCUUCUGCCAGAAUCUUUCCCUAUUCGCAAAACUCUUCCUCGACAACAAGUCCGUCUUCUUCGACGUCCGCGGCUUCAACUACUUCCUCCUAGUCUAUACACCCCCGGCCCCCAAACCACACCCUUCCUCCCAACAAGACUCGACGGCAAUAGCGACAGCAUCAGCGCAGCCGCCACAACCGCCCCCGUCACCACCACCACGUCCACACAUUGUCGGCUUCUUCUCAAAAGAGAAAAUGUCGUGGGACAACAACAACCUAGCCUGCAUCCUCGUCUUCCCGCCCUUGCAGAAAAAGGGGCUCGGCGCACUGCUCAUGAGCGUAUCGUACGAGAUCUCGCGGCGCGAGGGCGUGCUGGGCGGGCCGGAGAAACCUAUUUCGGAACUAGGGAGGAAGGGGUAUAAGCGGUUUUGGGGUGGGGAGAUCGCGAGGUGGGUGUUGGGGUGUCCGAGUAAUGGUCGAGUAGCAGGUGACGCGGAUCCGGCGUUGUUGGUUGACCUCGAGGACUGCAGCCGGGCGACGUGGAUCGCGUUGGAUGAUUGUCUUGCCACGUUACGGGAUAUGGGUGUUGUCGUGGAGGCUGGACUGGGGCCUGGGAAGCCGCCGGCGAAGAAGAAGAAGGUGAAGAAAAUAGCUGGGGAGGGCGAUGCUGACGAGGAGGCGGUGGAAGAAGAGGAUGGGGAGGAUGAGGAUGUUGAGAUGGAGGACGCGGAUGCUGGGCCGCGACCUGAUGUACCAAGGGUGAAGGUUAAUAAGGCGUUUGUGUGGGAGUGGGUUGCUGCGAAUGGAAUUAGUCUCGAGAGGAUAUGUGAUCCGGAGGGGUUUGUGGAGGGGUAUGCUAUUAAGCAGCCGGAUGUCGAGGAGGAGGAUGACUGA